CCUCCCCUAUUCUCCAAUUUCCCCUCACUUCUCCAACGCAAAACCCCUCUAAAACCUCAGCACAAAAAUCCACCAAUGGCUUUAUCCACUGCUCCUCCCCUUCUUCCCUUAUCCUCUCUCCGACUCCCAAUAAUUUCACGUUAUUUUCCCAUCAAAAUAACCCAUGGCAACAAACUCCACUCUGCUAAAAUUAGAAAACCCAUGUCUGCUGCUAUCUUUGCAAAAGCUGUCUCUUUUCACAGCAGGGAGGAGCUCGACACUGUCAACAUCGCUGAGGACGUCACCCAGUUAAUUGGGAGAACGCCAAUGAUAUAUCUCAACAAUGUCGUUGACGAUUGUGUGGCUAAUAUUGCUGCAAAACUCGAGUCUAUGGAACCCUGUAGAAGUGUCAAAGAUAGGAUUGGAUGUAGCAUGAUAAACAAUGCCGAAGACAAAGGACUUAUUUCACGAGGAACGACCACUUUAGUUGAACCAACUAGUGGAAAUACAGGAGUUGGUAUUGCCUUUGUUGCUGCUGCCAGGGGAUAUAGGCUCAUUGUGACCAUGCCUGCAUCAAUAAAUCUAGAGAGACGUAUUCUUCUUCGCGCACUUGGAGCAGAGAUAAUUUUAACAGAUCCAGCAAAAGGUUUAAAAGGAGCAGUGGACAAGGCUAAUGAAAUAGUUGAGCGGACGCCAAAUGCCUACAUGUUUCAGCAGUUUGAUAAUCUGGCGAACUCUGAGAUUCACUUUGAAACCACAGGUCCAGAAAUAUGGGAGGAUACAUUGGGCGGCGUUGAUAUAUUUAUCGCUAGCAUUGGGACAGGUGGUACUAUCACAGGUACAGGGCGUUAUCUGAAAAUGAUGAACAGAGAUAUCAAGGUUAUUGGAGUAGAACCUGCAGAAACAAGCAUAAUUUCUGGAGGAAGUCCAGGUUAUGUGCCAAGCAUUCUUGAUGUUAAGUUGCUUGAUGAGGUCAUGAAGAUAAGCACUGCUGAAGCUGUUGAAGUAGCAAGAGCAUUGGCUCUUAAAGAAGGAUUGCUGGUGGGUAUUUCUUCGGGAGCUGCUGCUGCUGCUGCAAUCCAUGUGGCAAGAAGGCUUGAAAAUGCUGGAAAGUUGAUAGCAGUUAUUUUCCCAAGCUUUGGUGAAAGAUACAUCUCUACAGUUCUUUUCCAUUCCAUACACGAGGAAGUCCAGAAAAUGAGGACGAGGUGAUGACUUGAAAAUUUCUAAAGGGAAUUUUGUAGCUCAUGAGGGCAGUAUAUGAUGUUACAUGGUUCAUCAGCUGAACCCUCGUCUUGAACUUAAGGAAAUGCAUAUUACGUUCUCACAAUUUUAGCACCUUGGACCAAAAGGGUUACCCAGUACCCUAAGUUCUGACACAAGCUAGCUUUAUUGAGUAGAUAGGCAAGUUGGUGGGUGCAGGAGCAACGAAGAUCAGAUUUGUUCGGCCUAAUGGGUGUGAAAUGUGUAGAUUUUGUUUCAUUAGUGAAGCUCUUUUCAUUGCAUCUAAAUAUCGCUUAUGUCCAAAUUUUGAUUCAUCUUGAGGAGAUGUUUCAUAAUUUUAGCAGGAAAAUAGUGACUGUUGUAUAUAUUUACAUUAUUCUGAAUGUGACCUGGUAUUUUUGGUGAAAUAGAGGACGAAACUGACAUCCUCAUUGAAGUAAGGGCUUUUAGCAGGAGCAAUGUGACCUGGUAUUUACAUUAGUAGGCCUUA